UGGGUGCUGUCAGUUUCUACGGUUUGAUGUGAGUCGGUACGCUCGACUUUUCUUGAUAUCCCGUCUGACGUCCCGAACGAUGCGAUAAGGCUGCGUGAAGUCUCGUUUAUCGCAUCGCCACAUCGUCAAGUUGUCAGCGGAGGACUUGGCUUCAACUUGAACGGGAAAUACAGUACAGCUUGAUCGAAUAACACGAAAAUGGCAGCCAUACAUCGCGAGGCGAUACAAAAACAGAUUCAACAGGACUGGGCUAACCGCGAAUACAUCGAAGUUAUCACUGGCAGUAUUAAAAAGAUCACGGACUUCCUGAAUUCUUUCGACAUGUCUUGUCGAUCGAGAAUAGCGGGACUCAACGAAAAACUGACAACUCUCGAACGACGGAUCGAGUACCUCGAAGCAUGCGUGACAAAGGGUGAGACACUGACAUAACUCUUCCAUACUCGACGCCAAGUCCUUUCAUUGUCCUUUUUAUUUCCUGUACUAGAGUCUGAAUAAAUACAUGUUGGAAACAAAAGACGUGCCUUUCGAAACACCCCUCGAUGACGUUAGUUAUAUUUUACAAGACCUUAAGUAUUAACAACACUAAUCCUUUAUUCUGCUUAUACAAAAAACAAAUUUCAUCACUCCCAGGGCCUACGGCCCCUUGGGUCCUUGGUCAGGGUAAAAUCAGAAUAGCGGGACUCGACGAAAAACUGACAACUCUCGAACGACGGAUCGAGUACCUCGAAGCAUGCGUGACAAAGGGUGAGACACUGACAUAACUCUUCCAUACUCGACGCCAAGUCCUUUCAUUGUCCUUUUUAUUUCCUGUACUAGAGUCUGAAUAAAUACAUGUUGGAAACAAAAGACGUGCCUUUCGAAACACCCCUCGAUGACGUUAGUUAUAUUUUACAAGACUUUAAGUAUUAACAACACUAAUCCUUUAUUCUGCUUAUACAAAAAACAAAUUUCAUCACUCCCAGGGCCUACGGCCCCUUGGGUCCUUGGUCAGGGUAAAAUCAGAAUAGCGGGACUCGACGAAAAACUGACAACUCUCGAACGACGGAUCGAGUACCUCGAAGCAUGCGUGACAAAGGGUGAGACACUGACAUAACUCUUCCAUACUCGACGCCAAGUCCUUUCAUUGUCCUUUUUAUUUCCUGUACUAGAGUCUGAAUAAAUACAUGUUGGAAACAAAAGACGUGCCUUUCGAAACACCCCUCGAUGACGUUAGUUAUAUUUUACAAGACUUUAAGUAUUAACAACACUAAUCCUUUAUUCUGCUUAUACAAAAAACAAAUUUCAUCACUCCCAGGGCCUACGGCCCCUUGGGUCCUUGGUCAGGGUAAAAUCAGAAUAGCGGGACUCGACGAAAAACUGACAACUCUCGAACGACGGAUCGAGUACCUCGAAGCAUGCGUGACAAAGGGUGAGACACUGACAUAACUCUUCCAUACUCGACGCCAAGUCCUUUCAUUGUCCUUUUUAUUUCCUGUACUAGAGUCUGAAUAAAUACAUGUUGGAAACAAAAGACGUGCCUUUCGAAACACCCCUCGAUGACGUUAGUUAUAUUUUACAAGACUUUAAGUAUUAACAACACUAAUCCUUUAUUCUGCUUAUACAAAAAACAAAUUUCAUCACUCCCAGGGCCUACGGCCCCUUGGGUCCUUGGUCAGGGUAAAAUCAGAAUAGCGGGACUCGACGAAAAACUGACAACUCUCGAACGACGGAUCGAGUACCUCGAAGCAUGCGUGACAAAGGGUGAGACACUGACAUAACUCUUCCAUACUCGACGCCAAGUCCUUUCAUUGUCCUUUUUAUUUCCUGUACUAGAGUCUGAAUAAAUACAUGUUG